AUGAGCUCGUUUUACGACGGAAAAUACCCUAGUGAGUUAGGGUUGGAAGAGGAACUGAAUCAAGUAAACUGCCAAGAUGAGUUGGAGUUUGAUUACUUGUUUGAAUAUGAACCACCUUGCAACAACUUUCCCGGGGAAGAUCAAGGUUUGUCCAAUGGCUUGUCAAGUCUCCCGCGCGCUUUUCUUUACUUUUUAUGUGCAUUAUAUUACUUUUCAGACAAAAACGUUAAAUGCAGUGGCGUCACUGAAAACAAAUAAACAGAGAUGUGAUUUUGACAGAAUGUUAUUGUCCUUCCACUUCUAGUUCUAGUAAACAUUACUAAAAGGAAAUUUAAAACUUUUGACAAAAAUGAAACAAUUGAUCCUGCAUUUGUUAUACAUUGUAUAAUCAUGGCUAGCUUGUUUCAAUACACGUUCUAACUGGAAAACAUCAUCUGUCAUUUGUUUUAUGUACAUAAUGGGUUAAUGUUUACAAAUAUUCUAACAUUCACAAGGGGACCCUUUUGAUGAUGUGAAUAGUUCCCACACCUAAGCCUUUAGUUUUCUAUGAUUAUUAAUCAAUCUGAUCAAAGGGAUUGAAUAAAAAUUAUUAACAACAUUAUUUGAAAUUGUUGUUUGUUGAAUUCAAAGAAUACAUCAUUUUACAUUUACAUUUUACAUUUUAGUCAUUUAGCAGACGCUCUUAUCCAGAGCGACUUACAGUUAGUGAGUGCAUACAUUAUUUUAUUUUUUUAAAUAAUCAUACUGGCCCCCCAUGGGAAUCGAACCCACAACCCUGGCGUUGCAAACGCCAUGCUCUACCAACUGAGCUACAUCCCUGCCUGCCAUUUCCUCCCCUACCCUGGACGACGCUGGGCCAAUUGUGCGCCGCCCAUGGGUCUCCCGGUCGCGGCCGGCUACGACAGAGGCUGGAUUCGAACCAGGAUCUCUAGUGGCACAGCUAGCAAUUUCUAUUUAAUGUGGCUCUGAUCUGUAUUGCAAACAUGGAGCCAAAGAAAGAUGUGUGAUUUCUGAGAAAACGUCAUAUCUUUAGUGAGAAAUGAUUUUACAGACUAUGGACAGUCCCUUUAUAAAUAAUAUAUUUUGUUUUGAUGAUUUCUCUUCCUUGUCCUCUAUCUCCCUCUCAGUAGAUGAGCCACAUCUCUCCUCACAGAGAGUCCUCAGUCCUGCAUCUGGUCUGGCCUACCCCCUGGAGGAGGCUUCCCCCUACGACAUCAAGUGCAGCGAGCACAACCCAGAGAGCCUCUCUGGUUAUGAACACCUGGAGGCUAAAAACUACCUGGACCACACUAGGCCUGGGGGCAUCGCCCUGAGCCCCAGGAUCGAGAUCACACCGUCGCGUGAGCACUACAGCCAUGGACAAGACUCCCUGCAGAACCACCCUCUGAACAUCAGCCCCCGGCCCACUCUGACCGUCCCGGGCCACGACAGCCUGGCAUACCGCGAGCCCCUGUGCCUGAGCCCAGCCAGCAGCAACUCCUCCACCAGCUGGCACUCGGAGAGCUACUCCCCCUGGGCCUCCCCCUGCGUGUCCCCUAGUAGUGGCCAGACCGGGGCCGGAGACCUCUGCCCCCGCUUCCAGAACAUCCACACCGGCUCCCCCCGCACCUCCCCGGGAACUUCCCCCCGCACCGAGGACGGCUGCCUCGGCCCCCGUUCGCCCUCCCCAUCCAUCAGGCCAGGAUCCCGCUCCACCUCCCCACAGGGCAAGCGCACAUACGACAUGUACAGGAACCCCAGCCUGAUCACCGGGAUCCGCUCCCGCAGUCCCUCCCCCCACGGGGGCCACGGGGAGCACCCCCAACAGAAUGCAGGUGCCCACUACGGGACCCCCAACAGUCUGGCUGAGGCCAUGAACGGCUACGGCACUGUCCAGCCUGAUCUGAUCCCCACCAAGGUAGUGAAGACGGCCAACCAGGCGUACGCCCUCUACCCAGAGAACCACAGGGAGGUCAACUACCUGGUGUCCUGUGAGCAGGACGUUAAGAGUAAAACUGGGGCGGAGUCCUUCUUUGUGAUCCCUCCCAUCUGGACCAAGCAGCUGGUCCCCAACCUCUGCAGGUGAAUGGUGUAGGAAGCCUGUACUGUAUAGGUAAAGGGUGCAGUUAGUAGGCCAGUACUGGAUUACUUUCUGCAUAGCCAGGGACACACCCAUAUUAUGAAUCAGAUUUAGUGUCUAUUACAUUGUAUUACAUGAGUUAUAUGACCACCUUAGGAACCACACUUUAAGUAGCCUAAUCAUUGCACAGAAAAUUAACCCUUUUUUCCAACUCUUAUUUCCUGUAGCAUCCCAGUGUCUUCUCUGCCCCCUCUGGAAUGGCCUGUCCCCAGCCAUACAGACCAGUACGAGCUCCACGUUGACGUGCAGCCCAAGCCUCACCACCGAGCCCACUAUGAGACAGAGGGGAGCAGGGGAGCGGUCAAAGCCCCCACUGGAGGUCAUCCUGUUGUCCAGGUACGCUGCUGGCUCUGUAUCACUCUUAGAAAAUAAGAUGCUUUUUGGGAACCUUUUUUGGUUCCAUGUAGAACCUUUUCACCCAAUGAAGAACCAUCAAAGAACCCUUUAGGAACCCUUUAGUGAAAGGAAUCUACAGUACCUUUAACCAAAAAGGUUAAUAUAUAUUCUAGAACCAAAGAGGGACAGGCGAAUAACCCUUUAUGGUUCUAGGUAGCCCCUUUUAGUGUAGGACAGUCUGAGUAGGAAGGCCUGUUACGUGUAAUGGUAUUUCCUAGUCAUCAUUAUAGCAUGUUGUUCUACUGCCCCAGGGCCUGGCUUAGGAAAAUGACUACUGUGUGGUACUGUGUACGUUCUAUCUGUCAUCCUUUACCUCAUCCUUUCUCUCACUAUCUCUCCCUAUCUCUCUCACUCCUCCUCUCUUUUUCCCUAGCAGCCUUUCACACUCACUGAAAUUAGUUAGAACGUGCACUGAUAUCUUACACAUGGUAGCUACUGUAUCCUCACAUCAACUCCCAUACUUGAAUUCCAGACAUUACUACAGUAAAACCCUUCUAGGCUAUUAUUUAUUUAAUUUUCUAUGAACAAUAUACAUUGAAUAUACCAAACAUUAAGAAUAUCCCUUUCGCCCUCAGAACAGCCUCAAUUUGUCGGGGCAUGGGCACUACAAGGUGUCGAAAGCGUUCCACAGGGAUGCUGGCCCAUGUUGACUCCAAUGCUUCCCACAGUUGUGUCAAGUUGGCUGGAUGUCCUUUGGGUGGUGGACCAUUCUUGAUACACACAGGAAACUGUUGAGCGUGAAAAACCCAUCAGCAUUGCAGUCCUUGACACACUCAAACCGGUGCACCUGGCAACUACUACCAUACCCCGUUCAAAGGCACUUAAAUAUUUUGUCUUGCCCAUUCACCCUCUGAAUGGCACACAUACACAAUCCAUGUCUCAAUUGUCUCAAGGCUUAAAAAUCCUUCCUUAACCUGUCUCCUGCCCUUCAUCUACACUGAUUGAAGUGGAUUUAACAAGUGACAUCAAUAAGGGAUCAUAGCUUUCACCUGGAUUCACCUGGUCAGUCUAUGUCAUGGAAAGAGUUCUUAAUGUUUUGUACACUCAGUGUAUUUUGUGUGUUGUGAAUUAUUUCAAACCAAGUGUCAUGAAAACAUUUGUCUUCUUGCUAAGAAACACAGCACUGCGGUACCCCUCACAGCCCCAUGUUUUCAACCACAAGCAGAUUUAUUUUUAUUUGGUCUCAUGACAGUGGUCUCAGGAGACAGGAGUGGUGAGCUUUUAGUCAGGCAUACUGAAUGCAAAAAUGAAAAACAGAAAUGUAAGCUGAACUUAAAGCGCAACUGAAGGCAAGAAAUAACUUAUCUAAGAGAAAGUGGCCUAUGUGGCAUCGAUAUUGUUCAGAAACAUUUAUUCUAGUGUCAAAAUUGACUACAAAGUGUAAAUAGGAUAAUUUUGGUCAUAAAGUCAGUCUCGUCAAAACUAAGUUUUGUAAGUGAGUUCGUCAUGACUUGAGGGUUGGGUUUUGAUUUCGACAAUGCUCACUUGCUCACUAACACGGAUACAAAGCUGCGGCGAUUGCACUCUAUCCAAUCCUACUGCAGAACACACAGACAGUGAGCCAGACUGCCCAGCAGUGCAGCGGAUCUGACUUUGUUUACAUGGAACUACUAACAACUGUUGAAUGUAGGCAGAAACUAUAGUGACAUGAAUACGUGGUGUUGAACACAGGUAGCUGAGUCUGACACAGUGAGUAAAAUAGUAUACUGCUGCAAAUACUAAACAGGCCAUUUGAGAAGCCGGUUGCCAUGGUUGCAAUGAGUGAGUCAGAGCGAGGGGGACUGGGAAAAGUAAAGUGGAGAGAGUUCAGAGUCUGGGACUGGGAGGAAGCCAGCCACAUGAUUGGACAACACCAGGCACAGUUCGCUGACCGUGAGAGACAGAAAAUGGAAAGUGAGAAAUGCUUAAUUUCCGCCAGGCCAGGUUCUGACAAUCAACAACAACAAGGAAGCUUUCAAGACGUUGCCGUGGAAACAUUAAAAUAUGAACUGAAAAUUAUAGGCCCUGCUUAAAAUAUACAGACGUGGAAAUGCCUUUUAUGAAAGAGCGUCUGAACGCAUCGAUUCCACAUGUAUUUCUCUGUUGCUCAUUAAGAAAACAAGAUUUUAGUCUUGGGGAUGUAGUUCGAUGUGGCAGUUACUAAUGUUUGUCCCCAAUGAGACACCAUAGGAACAAAGCCAGUAUCACUUCCUCAAAAUAGUCAGACUGAAUCUAAGAUAACUAAUGAAAUCUGAUCAUUAAUUGAGACGUUUUUGCUGAGGAGGUUUAGUUGGGAAAUUGUACAUCUAGCUAAGGUGUCUGGUAGAGUAUUUCUCAAGUAAAAAAAUGUGUGUCAUGUCUUAUGUAAACAAAGUCCGAUCCGCUGCGCUGCUGGGCAGUCUGUCUCAGUAUCUGUGUGUUCUGCAGUAGGAUUGGAUAGAGUGCAAUCGCCUCAGCUGUGUAUCCUGUGUUAGUGGGCAAGUGAGCAUUGUCGAAAUCAAAACCCAACCCUCAAGUCAUGACGAACUCACUUACAAAACUUAGUUUUGAACGAAACUGACUUUAUGACAAAAAUUAUCCUAUUUACACUUUGUAGUCAAUUUUGACACUAGAAUAAAUGUUUCUGAACAAUAUUGAUGCCACAUAGGCCGUUUUCAAUCAGAGAAGUUGUUUCUUGCCUUCAGCUGCGCUUUAAGUUCAGCUUACACAAGAAAUGCUACUAGCUGUAUACAGCAUGUAUAAAUUGUGUCAAAAUGUAACGAAACUUUACAUUUCUGUUUUUCAUAUGAGUAUGCCUGACUUAAAGCUCAUCAAUCCUGUCUCCCGAGACACUGUCAUGGGACCAGUGUGUAAAGGGGCCACCAAGGACCAAAUGAACAGAAGUCUGCUUGUGGUUGAAAACAUGGGGCUGUGAGGGGUACCACAGUGCUGUGUUUCUUAGCAAGAAGACAAAUGUUUCCAUGACACUUGGUUUGAAAUAAUUCACAACACACAAAAUACACUGAGUUUACAAAACAUUAAGAACUCUUUCCAUGACAUAGACUGACCAGGUGAAUCCAGGUGAAAGCUAUGAUCCCUUAUUGAUGUCACUUGUUAAAUCCACUUCAAUCAGUGUAGAUGAAAGGGAGGAGACAGGUUAAAUAAGGAUUUUUAAGCCUUGAGACAAUUGAGACAUGGAUUGUGUAUGUGUGCCAUUCAGAGGGUGAAUGGGCAAGACAAAAUAUUUAAGAGCCUUUGAACGGGGUAUGGUAGUAGGUUUUAGUGUGUCAAGAGCUGCAACACUGCUUGGUUUUUCACACUCAAUAGUUUCCGACACCUUGUGGAGUCCAAGCCCCAACGAAUUGAGGUUGUUCUGAGGGCAAAAGGGGGUGCAACUCAAUAUUAGGAAUGUUUUGUACACUCAGUGUAUAUACACCCACCACACACACAGAUGCAGAUUAGUGGAGAGACCGGAGACUACCUUGGAAGGAAACAUGCAAAAACCACAAAGCGUGAACUUGCAACUAAAAGUAUCUGUCUGAAAAAUCAUGAGCUUGACACUGUGUGUGCGUGUGUGUGUAUGUGUGUGUGACAGAUACAUAGGGGGUUUUAGUGGUAUGAGUUAAAAGAGAAGUACGUAACGUGUAGACGUCUGACAAGGUUGCAAGCAUACUUUUAUUAUUUAGCUGAACAUUGGCGACAACUAGGCCUACAGCUUAUUUGCAAUUGUAUGUAUUGAUUUUGAUAAACAUUUAUGAAUAGGAUUUUUACGUCAUUUUAUAAACAUGUAUUUUCUAUGUUGCCACCUUCAAUUCUCCAGACCCCUCCCCUGUAUAAAAACUUGAGAAGUACUGGAAUGAACGUAGACCGUGCUUUCUGUCUUUUGUCUUGAAAGUGUCCGUGGAACAUUGGCUCAUGUGGCCAAGCUAAGGCCUUGGCAGUCUCAUUUUCUGCUCAUCUAACAAGCAUGCCAGUGAAUGAUAGUUAUUCCUACGUAAUUCCUUUCAAUUCUAAUUACUUUAGGACAAAAAGAAACCAUCUGUGACUAGUGUCCUCCGACAGGCCUGUCCAAUUUUUUUUGGGUUGAAAGGUCAUGCUCAUUUACUGCAUUUAUAUACAAUUUAAAAACUCUAAAAUGCUAUUUGGAGAACAGCAGAAAACAAGCAAAAAUGCCCCCAGUCAUUCAUUAUAACACUGGUUGCUCUAGCUUCAUUCACCUCAGUUGAUCUACAAACACAUAGCCUAUUAGCUAUACAAUUAGCCGCUACACAUUCAUCCUUAAGAGGCUAUUCACGCACCCAUGCAUCAAUCUAAGUAAAAUAAUAAAAAAAUAGCCAUCACAAUCCGUCAGUUUAAGCUAGAGAUAUCAUCCGUCUAUGUCGGCCUUCCACAUCUGCGGUGGAAGUUGGCCGAGCUUCAGCGGUGUUUGUCAGACCAUGACAAAAAUCUAAUCGGUCUUCUCACGAAAACAUCUGUAGCGUCCGAACGGUUAUGACCCCUCUAUGGAAAGGGGAGACUCUCACGAACAUGAUGGUGUUGUCCGUUUUGCUCUACGACCCCCACUGUCACGAUCGUUACAGGAAGAGACGGACCAAGGCGCAGCGUGAUAAGCGUACAUUUUAUUUCGUACACAACACACGAACAAAACAACAAAACGAUACGUGAAGUUCUGAGGUUACACAACACAAACCUUUAUGGAACAAGAUCCCACAAACUAACUGGUGCCAACAGGCUGCCUAAGUAUGGUCCCCAAUCAGAGACAACGAGCUACAGCUGUCUCUGAUUGGGAACCACCCUGGCCAACAUAGAUCAACACGAUCUAGAACAAAAACAUAGAAAACUAAACAUAGAAAAUCCACACCCUGGCUCAACAUUUAAGAGUCCCCAGAGCCAGGGCGUGACAGUACCCCCCCCCCAAAGGCGCGGACUGCGACCGCGCCACACAAACACAAGAGGGUAGGGGCCGGGUGGGCAUUCCGCCUCGGAGGCGGAUCCGGCUCCGGGCGUGACCACCACCUUUUCUCCACCUCCCCGUUGCGCCCCUGGUCUGGUCCCGCUGACUGGAGCUGGACCCGACGACGGUGGACCAAACCUUACCGGCUCCGGACUGGAGCCGCUGGCCGGAGCUGGACUGUUCACCGGUGGAGCGGAUUGCUCUGGCUCCGGAGUGGAUCCGCUGACUGGAGUUGGACCGGACCCCGGUGGAGCGGAUUGCUCUGACUCCGGAGUGGAGCAGCUAACCGGUGCCGGACCAGGCACCGGUGGAACAGGCACGGGCCGUGCCGGACUGGACACACGCACCACUGGCUUGGUGCGGGGAGCAGGAACGGGCCGGACCGGGCUGACGAUGCGCACCACUGGCUUGGUGCAGGGAGCAGGAACGGGCCGGACCGGGCUGACGACGCGCACCACUGGCUUGGUGCGGGGCGCAGGAACAGGCCGGACCGGGCUGGCGACGCGCACCACUGGCUUGGUGCGAGGGGCAGGAACAGGCCGGACCGGGCUGGCGACGCGCACCACUGGCUUGGUGCGAGGGACAGGAACAGGCCGGACCGGGCUGGCGACGCGCACCACUGGCUUGGUGCGAGGGACAGGAACAGGCCGGGCUGGACUGGGAACACGCACCACUGGCUUGGUGCGGGGAGAAGGAACAGGCCGGGCUGGACUGGGAACACGCACCACUGGCUUGGUGCGGGGAGCCGGAACGGGCCGGGCCGGACUGUGGAGGCUGACUGGAAGUCUGGAGCGGAGAGCUGACACAACCCGUCCUGGCUGAAUGCCUAUUUCCACACAAUAUGUGUGAGGCAUCAGCACAGGACGUACAGGGCUGUGCACUCGUACUGGCGCUACAGCACGUGGCACUGGCGCAGGAUAUACGGGACCGAGGAGGCGUAGUGGAGGCCACGAGCGUUGAGCCGGCACACCCUGUCCUGGAUGCAUGCCCAUCUUAGCACGACACGUGCGUGGUGCUAGUACAGGACUGUGCCGGAACAAUCGCGGCACAGUACGUGGCUCCGCAUAACACGGAGCCUGCCCAGUCUCACGCUUCCUAGCCUGAGUACGGGGAGUUGGCUCUGCUCUAACUCUAGGCUCCGCCAACCACCCUUUUAGCCCCCCAAAAAUUUUUUUCUUGGGGCUGUCUCUCGGGCUUCCUCCUCGGCCGGUACCCUCUGCGUUGCCACUGCUCCUCUCUGUAGCGCGCCUCCACAGUCUCCUCCCAAGGACAGCGAUCCAUUCCGGCCUGAAUCUCUUCCCAAGUCCAGGAUCCCUUCCCGUCCAGGAUCUCCUCCCAAGUCCAGGCUGUCUGUUCCUGGACACGCUGCUUGGUCCUCUUUAGGUGGGAUCUUCUGUCACGAUCGUUACAGGAAGAGGCGGACCAAGGCGCAGCGUGAUAAGCGUACAUUUUAUUUCGUACACAACACAAGAACAAAACAACAAAACGAUACGUGAAGUCCUGAGGUUACACAACACAAACCUUUAUGGAACAAGAUCCCACAAACUAACUGGUGCCAACAGGCUGCCUAAGUAUGGUCCCCAAUCAGAGACAACAAGCUACAGCUGUCUCUGAUUGGGAACCACCCUGGCCAACAUAGAUCAACACGAUCUAGAACAAAAACAUAGAAAACUAAACAUAGAAAAUUCACACCCUGGCUCAACAUUUAAGAGUCCCCAGAGCCAGGGCGUGACACCCACCAGUGUCACAGGACUUGUCUGAAUGUAACCCACACAAAUGAAUGGAAGUAUGGAGGUAGUUUUGUGCCAACAAAAAUAAGGGGUUAAAUAUGUGUCCAAAAAAGCACAAAUAUUUACUGAGCUUUUUUAUAUCUCCUAGAUAUAGGACAGACACUUAAAAACCUUAUACCAUAUGAUACAUUUUUUGACUGUAUUUUUUGCCAUUUAUGAAUGUGUUAUUCAAUGCGAUUCUAUGGGCUAUUGUAGUAAAGGCCAAAUUCUAUAUUUUAUCAAAUAACAUUUACCUAAACUCAGCACCGGGAUUAAAAACGGUAAUUUAAUACAUACUGAGUUAUCUGUUAGCAGAAAAUGUAUUUUAUUAACAAAAGGUAAACAAAUAAGUUUGCUUUGUAGAAAAAAAAGAAAAAAAAGUUUUAUAGCAAAUUUCCUGCAAUUCUACACAUUUUGCCAUGUCUUAUGCCAGGUUAAUAUGAUAUCUGAGUGAGAGCGACUAACAAAAUCAAUGGGGGCCGGUCGGUAAUUCGGCCAUGAUGUUUGAAGAAGUGUGCUUACUGUGAUCAAGAUGUGGUUGUCCCACUGGCUUUCCUAAGUUGAAUGCACCAAUUUGUAAGUCGCUCUGGAUAAGAGCGUCUGCUAAAUGACUUAAAUGUUAAAUGUUAAAAAUUACUACAAGUGUAGAUAGCUGGCUAGAGAGCAGACUCAUUUACCAAUCUAAAUUAUUUUAACUGAUAUGGGCUAAUUGAGUGACUGUCAGUGAGUGACAUAUAACAAGAGGAAAACUGCUGCAACAAAGUUUUGAAAUUGCACCUUGUGUAUUCUACUAUUCUCUCAACAGUAAAUUGAGACUCUGACUGAAUUCUAAUGUUGAGGACUGGAGAAUACUAAUGUUUCCAGCAGUGUGUGUCUACCAAGGUGUUAGCUUCAUGUUCAGCCAAAACUGUUAGCAGCAAACUGGCAAAAUAAUACAUAUAGCUAUAGGCAGAAUAAUGACAAAAAACUAUAAUUAUAUAUAUUCAACUAUGUAAUAAAACACUGGGUACCUACCAGUGUGUGUGCAGUAUAUAAGGAGUGAAAAAGAACAGGCAGAGUAGAAAUGUUCUUUAAAUUGAAAAAUGACACAUUAUAAAGUGUGUGAACAUCUUGACAUUUACAUUUUAGUCAUUUAGCAGACGCUCUUAUCCAGAGCGACUUACAGGAGCAAUUAGGGUUAAGUGCCUUGCUCAAGGGCACAUCGACAGAUUUUUCACCUAGUCGGCUCGGGGACUGGCACAACGCUCUUAACCACUAAGCUACCUGCCGCCCUUGACUUCAUGUGAACAUUUUUUUUAUUGGAGUUUCCUCUGGUGUUUCUUCCAGUUGCAUGGCUACAGGGGUAAGGAGCCCCUGGGCCUUCAUAUCUUCAUCGGGACUGCAGAUGACAGGGUCCUGAAGCCUCACGCCUUCUACCAGGUUCACCGCAUCACGGGCAAGACGGUCACCACCACCAGCUACGAGAAGAUCAUCAACUCCACCAAGGUCCUGGAGAUCCCUCUGGAGCCCAAGAACAACAUGAAAGCAAUGUGAGAGUAGCUAGAGUAGUGACACAUGCCAAACACCACCCAUACAAAGCAGUGUCCUUUGCAGACCUGGGUUCAGAUAGUAUUUAACUUUUCAGCAUGUUUACUCAGCCUGUCUCCAGUGCCACAAGAUGGGCAGGAUGGAUUUGCACUGAUGAGACUAUUCCAUUUGUUCCAUUGUGCCAGGCAAGGUCAAUCAAGGAUUUGAAUGAAAAAUAGCAUACUAAUUGAACACAGGUCUGAUGUAAUUAGCCAUAUCAGUUGUAAUCAUAAUACAACAUUUGUGUACCGGUACAGGAUUUACAGUAGUUCAUAUUGGUGUGUUUCUCACAGAAUCGACUGUGCUGGGAUCCUGAAGCUCAGGAAUGCUGACAUUGAGCUGAGGAAGGGCGAGACAGACAUCGGACGGAAGAACACUCGUGUGCGUCUGGUGUUCCGUGUCCACAUACCCCAACCCAAUGGGCAACACAUCUCACUGCAAGUGGCCUCCCAUCCAAUCGAGUGCUGUAAGUACUAUAGAUCCAACACAUAUCAUUCUAUAUAUCAUAAACCUAUGUUCUAUGAUUCUAUGAUUUUAUUAUAUGUAUAAUUCUGUCUAUACCUUCUAUAGCCUGUUAUAGAUGUGUCCUAAAGGGUGGCUUAGGUUUAACAUGAGCUUAUAUGUUGAUUUUACACAGUGCAGUAUAUUUCCACCUAUGUUUCUUCUUGCCUGUUUUCAUUGGACUGACAUUAACCAGAGGUAACACACAUAGUAAACAUUGCUAAUUGAAAUGAGCUGGGAGUAGUGCUGAGAGUCCAGGCACACGGACAUACAAAGCCUCUUUUAUGAUUAGGCUUGACCCCCUUUUUAUUUGCACUGACUCUCCUGCACCGGCUCUAUGCACACUCACUGGACUCUACCCACACACUCACACAUACUACACCGACACUCCAACACACACACACACACACACACACACACACAGACUACAUAUGCUCACACACACAAAACACACACACACGCAUAUUGACGCCACACUCACACAUACACAUACACACGCUCACUCACACAUUGACACAUUUUCACACUCUUCACAUACGCUGCUGCUACUCUGUUUAUUAUCUAUCCUGAUUGCCUAGUCACUUUAACCCCUACCUACAUGUACAUAUUACCUCAAUUACCUCGUACCCCUGCACAUUGACUCGGUACUGGUACUCCUUAUAUAUAGCCUCGUUAUUGUUAUUUUAGUGUGCACAUUUUUCUUACUUUUGAACUCUGCAUUGUUGGGAAAGGGCUCGUAAGUAGGCAUUUCACGGUAAAGUCUAAACCUGUUGGGCGGCAGGUAGCCUAGUGGUUAAGCAUGUUGGGCUAUUAACCAAAAGGUUGCUGGUUCAAAUCCCAGAGCAGGCAAGGCAGUUAAGCCCCAACAACAGCUCCCUGGGUGCCUUAUGAUGUUGAUUAAGGCAGCCCCCCGUGGUGGUCUGAUUCAGAGGGGUUGGGUUAAAUGCAGAAGUCACAUUUUGGUUGAAUGCUUUCAGUUGUACAACUGACUAGGUAUCAACUUUCCCUUUCCCUGUUGUAUUUGGUGCAUGUGACAAAUUUCAUUUGAUUCUCUCAACCCUCAGCACUGUGUAUGUAUGUGUGUGUUCAUGAUUAUGUAGUGCUGGAGUCACCGAACCCCCCCAAAAAUCAGGUGCAAAGUUGUGUUUGAACAAUCGUACUAUAACACCCUCAGCACAUCGGUCAAAAUGGCCGAUAAGCAAAUGAAACUGUCCGUCAGUGAUGUGUUUGAAGAGACUAGCCUCCAGGUAUCAUCCUCAUUGCUUACUCACAGUAUAGUAGACUGUCCAAAGGUCACUUCACAAGCCUCAGUGGAGAUUGAAUUUCAGUAAUUAAGGACGACGACGAUAAGCUUGAGGAAGUAACUACGCCAUUCAUUUAGUGUACUAAAUGUUUUUAAAUGUAAUUGCCAAACUUCUCUAGUAGUAAACAUGAACCGGCUAAAACGAGGGCAACUGCCCUUCCCAUUUAUUCCAAGUGAUUAAUUUGGCCCCUUUGUAACCCAAGCUGGCUAGCUGGCAUGAAUCAGCUUCAGACUGCUGACAGUUGAUCCAGAGGAAUAAGAUCAGUCACUAUAGAUAGCAAGAGAAGCGCUGAGUCAUUUAAUGCUGUAACGUAAAUCUACCGUACCGGGAGAGAAUACAGUACAGUAGCCGUUCAGCGUCUACUUCACGGACAGGUCACAGGGUUUGUUGAACAUAUGCCAACAUACGGUCCAUUGCGUAAUGAUGAUAGCGUUGGAGAGGUCCAUCCUCCAUAUUCCUUCCCCCUCCUCCCCUCUGCCCCUUUUCUGUACUGUAGGUUACUGCACACUGUCAUUUGUUUCCACUGGACAGAGUCCCACUUCCAUGAUGUGCUCUGUGUGUCCAGGCCUCUAGUGUUUAGCCGCAAUUUACAUUACAACCUUCAUUCAUAUCCUCCCACUGCACCAAAUGUACUGUACUGUACCAAGUCAUUGGCCCAUAUUAAUGUUUACACAAAUCUAAUAUUUAGACAAAUAUUUGAAAUACACAAUGAGGAAGCAUGGUUUUGAAGUGAAGUCGGUACAAGCCUCAUUCAUUGCAAUCUGUCAAUAAUUACCUUGUGAGUUCAAAGCAAACAUCAACCUGAGAUCAAACUGACCUACCACAGAGUGUGUAACGUCACGUCAUAAUAAUACUAUGCUCCGUCUCCUGUCCUACAGCCCGGCGGCCAGUCCUCUACCCACUACGCCAACAUGACCUAUCAGUACCACAGAGUGUGUAACGUCAUGUUCUCUCUUCCAUCCCACAGCCCAGCGGUCGGCCCAUGAGCUGCCAAUGGUGGAGAAACAAGACAUGGAUAGCUGCUCUGUCCUGGGAGGUCAGCAGAUGAUCUUGACGGGACAGAACUUCAGCUCCGACUCCAAAGUCAUCUUUAUGGAGAAAACCCAUGGUGAGUAUUCAGUCAACACCUCUGGGGGAGGGAGGAUAUGAUAGUGGCAUGGUCCAUAUGCUGUAUGAUGUGCCGCCUCAUCUAUUUAAAAUGUUACGGUUAUUUUGCUCCAGGAAAAUGUUUGGCAGUUUUCUUCUGACAGUUGCCAGAUUCUGUUGAAGAAAAACCUUUUGCAUUAUGUGCCAGAAGGUUUGCAAAAGUAUUUACCCUCAUAAACCAGCCAUGAUAAUCAGAUGUAUAGUAAUUACCCAUGCCUUUUGCAAUUCCAUUUUAAUUCCAUUCAAUUCAGAAAGUAAACCAAAUUCCAAUUCUAAAUUUUCCUCAUUGAAAAGCAUUGAAGAGAAUUGGAAUUUGAAUUUCAGUGUACUUCCUGAAUUUACUGGAAUUGAAAUGGAAUUGACCACAACCCUGCUAUCUUGUUGACCAUGCCCCCACAUAUUCAGCUACACAGUUUCAAAACUCACUACCGCAGCACCACUUUUAAACUAAUGUAUAGCUAUGCCAUGCUACGUUUAACCUAUCAAUAGUUUGCAUGAUCCAUCAGAUAAGGCAGAAGCCUCACUCUACUGUGCCCUCUCCUCCCCGCCUGUUAUCCAUGUGUUAUGUUAUCAUUAUGCUGUUUCUUUUGUUGUGCAUAGAAUAGGACCUCUGUUGCAUGUUGUAUGUACACACAUCUGUAGACAAGCUUCAAAUACCUCAGUACAUUAGGAAAAUAAAUAUGAGCUACUAGCCUUGCUUGUGACAUCCCAGUACAAUAAUUCUACUACUGCAUUCUUAUUGGUCUGCUCAAUCCAGUCUUAGUUAGGCCUUGUGACACAACUAUUUAAAGAUCUUAACUUGUACAACGGAAGGGCAGAAUCACCAUUACAACACAGAUGGUGUCAGAUAUUGCUGUAUGAAUCAAUGCGACUGAGUAAUAGUAAAGGCCACCGUACUUUCUGUCUGUCAUUUGAAUCCUGACCUUUCCUCCUCACCCACCGCUCAGAUAUUUGCAUGACAUUCAGAUUCCUCCUGAUACUAAAUAUUGGCGUCCUUUUUAGGAUAAGAAGCUUAUCACAGCAAGGUUUUGUUGUAGGUUUAUUUUAGACUUCACCCAAUUAUUCAACAAGCUGACAGUAUUAGUAUCGUGUGCAGAUUGUUCAUGUUCUUCACUGACAGCUUACAGGAUUGUAUACUGUACUUAAGAGAUGUACUCUGUUUGUCAUAGUAAACAAAUAUGUUUUAUUGUCACAUACACCAGAUAGGUGCAGUGUGUUGGUUUACAGGGUCAGCCGUACAAGUACGGCACCCCUGGAGUAAAUGAGGGUUAAGUGCCUUGCUCAAGGGCACAUUGACAGAUUUUUCACCUUGUCGGCUCAGGUAUUCGAACCAGCAACUUUUCGGUCACUGGCCCAACGCUCUAACCGCUAAGCUACCUGCCGCCCUAGGAAGUUGUUAGUCACAGAGUUCGGUCUCAACACAGACUGUCUAGAUGCAUUUACACAAGCAGACGAUUCUGAUCUUUAGCCACUAAUUGGUCUUUGACCAAUCAGAUCCGAUAUUUUGCCAAUUAAUGGGCAAAAUAUUAGAACUGGGCUGCCUGUGUAAACGCAGCCACUGUGUAGAAAGGAUGUACAAUUUAUGUCCCCUAAUUGCAACUCAAUAUCCUCAAUACUGAGUCCGCAGGGAAGAGUCUCAUUGAUUCAUCUACAGCACUUACGGCAGCUACUUGGUUUACUUUGGCAGUCGUCACCCAAACACUAACCAUAACAUCAGCUCUUAUUAAACCAGAUGCACAACCUAGGGACUAUUUUAAUGUAACUAUUUAUUCCUGGUUAGCUGUUGUGUUAUGUUGUCUAGGUUUUGUUAUACAUAGCUUGGCCAUCCAGGUUUUGUUAAUCACCUUCCAUAAAUCACAUCUAGGUUUUUAUUUGUGGUUCAGACAGAAGCCAAGCUAGGCCUGCUCAACUCUUUCUGACUGCCUCCAUUCCUAAUUACCAGAGAUAAAAGAAAAUACUAGAGGUAUCCUGUAGAGUAGUAGAGUAGUUUUGGAACAAAACGCAAACAAAUAUAAACAUAUAAACACCAAGACAGCAGCACUCAUCACCUGUCGUUACUGUGUACUGAAAUGGAGCGAGUUGACCAGAAAACAAGAGAAAAAAUAAAAGAAAUAAAUCUUGGCAAGAUUCAUGGAAUCCACCUUUCUCCUGCUGACUCAUUUCAGCCAUAUGCGUUUCAUUUGCGGUCUGCCAUGGGGUUUCCCACACAGCAUUAAAAAGAUAUCAGGCUGCUGAAUACUGGAUUUAUUUCCAUUUGAGAAAAUACGUAUGCUGUUUAUUUUGAAAAGGUGGUCAAUCUAGUAUAAAUGUUGAAAAUGUUGAAAACAAUGUUUUUUUGUUGGUUAUUUGCGUGUUUUGGAGAGGAAUUAAUCUUGGAACAUAAAGUGUCCUAUCUUUCAUGUCUCAGGUAGCUCGCAAAAGCCAGCAUGGAUAGAAUGCAAGAAUUGACUAAUAUUUGCCAUAUUCUAAUAAUUCUCAUGUGCCUACUGAUCGCCACGGUCCGUGCCAUAGUGUAACUUGCACUCACGCAGGCCCAUGAUCUGAAAAAUGUGAUGGUGAAACUUCAAUUUCCAAUGUGAAAAAAUUCAGGCAUUCUUGAAAGUCAAGACAAUCUUUGUGCUGCAAAGAAACAUGAUCUUUAUUGUUGAAUAAAUGGAUUUUGCAAGCAGUAGGUAUUUCAAAUGAAAUGUGGAGUGGAGCGUUAUAGUUGAAAACAUCACAUGCCCCGCAUAGCUUCAAAAUUACAGUAUUCAGCAAUCAUAAUCUAUUCAAAAAACACAAUUUCCAUAAUAAUUUGUUGCGAUAAAGAAAGUUAGACUAAAUACAAUGCCACCCUUGUCGAACUGAUAAAAAUGUAUUAGAUCUUUAAAAAAUAUCUCCUACAUCUGCCGUUUCCAUAAUACGUUGCAAUGUUUUCUUUUGCAACGUUGCUUUUGUCAAAUAAACCUGUCAAUGGAAACCUGCCUAGUGACAAGAACUUAUCAUCAGCAUCAUUUCCAAUACGUACAGUGGGGAAAAAAAGUAUUUAGUCAGCCACCAAUUGUGCAAGUUCUCCCACUUAAAAAGAUGAGAGAGGCCUGUAAUUUUCAUCAUAGGUACACGUCAACUAUGACAGACAAAUGGAGAAAAAAAAUCCAGAAAAUCACAUUGUAGGAUUUUUAAUGAAUUUAUUUGCAAAUUAUGGUGGAAAAUAAGUAUUUGGUCACCUACAAACAAGCAAGAUUUCUGGCUCUCACAGACCUGUAACUUCUUCUUUAAGAGGCUCCUCUGUCCUCCACUCGUUACCUGUAUUAAUGGCACCUGUUUGAACUUGUCAUCAGUAUAAAAGACACCUGUCCACAACCUCAAACAGUCACACUCCAAACUCCACUAUGGCCAAGACCAAAGAGCUGUCAAAGGACACCAGAAACAAAAUUGUAGACCUACACCAGGCUGGGAAGACUGAAUCUGCAAUAGGUAAGCAGCUUGGUUUGAAGAAAUCAACUGUGGGAGCAAUUAUUAGGAAAUGGAAGACAGACCACUGAUAAUCUCCCUCGAUCUGGGGCUCCACGCAAGAUCUCACCCCGUGGGGUCAAAAUGAUCACAAGAACUGUGAGCAAAAAUCCCAGAACCACACAGGGGGAGCUAGUGAAUGACCUGCAGAGAGCUGGGACCAAAGUAACAAAGCCUACCAUCAGUAACACACUACGCCGCCAGGGACUCAAAUCCUGCAGUGCCAGACGUGUCCCCCUGCUUAAGCCAGUACAUGUCCAGGCCCAUCUGAAGUUUGCUAGAGUGCAUUUGGAUGAUCCAAAAGAGGAUUGGGAGAAUGUCAUAUGGUCAGAUGAAACCAAACCAACUUGUCGUGUUUGGAGGACAAAGAAUGCUGAGUUGCAUCCAAAGAACACCAUACCUAGUGUGAAGCAUGAGGGUGGAAACAUCAUGCUUUGGGGCUGUUUUUCUGCAAAGGGACCAGGACGACUGAUCCGUGUAAAGGAAAGAAUGAAUGGGGCCAUGUAUCGUGAGAUUUUGAGUGAAAACCUCCUUCCAUCAGCAAGGGCAUUGAAGAUUAAACGUGGCUGGGUCUUUCAGCAUGACAAUGAUCCCAAACACACCGCCCGGGCAAUGAAGGAGUGGCUUCAUAAGAAGCAUUUCAAGGUCCUGGAGUGGCCUAGCCAGUCUCCAGAUCUCAACCCCAUAGAAAAUCUUUUGAGGGAGUUGAAAGUCCGUGUUGCCCAGCGACAGCCCCAAAACAUCACUGCUCUAGAGGAGAUCUGCAUGGAGGAAUGGGCCAAAAUACCAGCAACAGUGUGUGAAAACCUUGUGAAGACUUACAGAAGACGUUUGACCUGUGUCAUUGCCAACAAAGGGUAUACAACAAAGUAUUGAGAAACUUUUGUUAUUGACCAAAUACUUAUUUUCCACCAUAAUUUGCAAAUAAAUUCAUAAAAAAUCCUGCAAUGUGAUUUUCUGGAAAAAAAAAUCUCAUUUUGUCUGUCAUAAUUGACGUGUACCUAUGAUGAAAAUUACAAGCCUCUCUCAUCUUUUUAAGUGGGAGAACUUGCACAAUUGGUGGCUGACUAAAUAUUUUUUUUCCCCACUGUAAGUUGUUGACCUAUCAUCUUUCUCCCGUUUUAAAUUACCGCAAUAUAAUAAGAAAAUAAAAUGAAACGUUAGCAGCUAAAUGCAGAUAGCAGCCUAUGAUGGGAGGUUCCCAGCACAUAAAAUAUGUUCAACACAUAAAUGUUACAUUGUUGAGCAAGACCUAACCUUGAGUUUCAAGCAAUGCCUUGCAGUAUGACAGUUGUCAAAAGUAACAAUAUCAGAGUACUGGUAUACAUAACACAAGUGAGGUAGUAUCUCCUCUAAAAUCUCUUCAUACCCAAACAGGUUUCAGUCUCGAAAAACCUGACCCUAGGAAACACGGUGACUAGGGUCUGGUUUCAAUGAUGGACUCCUUUGGCAUAGAGGAACUGCGUCACUGCGUACGCCACUACUUUAUCCGCUUGAAUAAAAUACAAAAUAGUAGCUAGCAAGAUGGAGAUCACGGAAGUUAUUUUUAAUGGGUGCAUUUCGCAAGUGGCUAGUUAUUAUCAACUAAAACCACUGCAAAGGUUUUGAAUCAUGACGUUCUGGCAUGUUUGCCUUGUGAUUUGUUGGGAGAGUCCCCGGAAUUCCCCCCUGUGGUAAAUUCAAUUGAUUUGACAUGAUUUGGAAAGGCACACACCCGUCUAUAUAAGGUCCCACAGUUGACAGUGCAUGUCAGAGCAAAAACCAAGCCAUGAGGUCAAAGGAAUUGUCCGUAGAGCUCCGAGACAGGAUUGUGUCGAGGCACAGAUCUGGGGAAGGGUACCACAUUUUAUUUGCAGCAUUGAAGGUCCCCAAGAACACAGUGGCCUCCAUCAUUCUUAAAUGGAAGAAGUUUGGAACCACCAAGACUCUUCCUAGAGCUGGCCGCCCGGCCAAACUGAGCAAUCGGGGGAGAAGGGCCUUGGUCAGGGAGGUGACCAAGAACCCCAUGGUCACUCUGACAGAGCUCUAGAGUUCCUCUGUGGAGAUGGGAGAACCUUCCAGAAGGACAACCAUCUCUGCAGCACUCCACCAAUCAGGCCUUUAUGGUAGAGUGGCCAGACGGAAGCCACUCCUCAGUAAAAGGCACAUGACAGCCCGCUCAGAGUUUGCCGAAAGGCACCUAAAGACUCUCAGACCAUGAGAAACAAGAUUCUCUGGUCUGAUGAAACCAAGAUUGAACUCUUUGGCCUGAAUGCCAAGCGUCACGUCUGGAGGAAACCUGGCACCAUCCCUACGGUGAAGCAUGGUGGUGGCAGCAUCAUGCUGUGGGGAUGUUUUUCAGCGGCAGGGACCAGGACACUAGUCAGGAUCGAGGCAAAGAUGAACGGAGCAGAGUACAGGGAGAUCCUUGAUGAAAACCUGCUCCAGAGUGCUCAGGACCUCGGAGUGGGGUGAAGCUUCACCUUCCAACAGGACAACGCAGGAGUGUCUUCAGAACAAGUCUCUGAAUGUCCUUGAGUGGCCCAGCCAGAGCCCGGACUUGAACCCGAUCGAACAUCUCUGGAGAGACCUGAAAAUAGCUGUGCAGCAAAGCUCCCCAUCCAACCUGACAGAGCUUAAGAGGAUCUGCAGAGAAGAAUGGGAGAAACUCCCCAAAUACAGGUGUGCCAAGCUUGUAGCGUCAUAACCAAGAAGACUCGAGACUGUAAUCGCUGCCAAAGGUGCUUCAAUAAAGUACUGAGUAAAGGGUCUGAAUACUUAUGUAAAUGUUAUAGUUUUUUGUAUUUUUCAUACAUUUGCAAAAGUUUCUAAAAACCUGUUUUUGCUUUGUCAUUAUGGGGUAUUGUGUGUAGAUUGAUGAGGGAAAAAAACUAUUGAAUAAAUUUUAGAAUAAGGCUGUAACCUAACAAAAUGUGGAAAAAGUCAAGGGGUCUGAAUACUUUCCGAAGGCAUAGUUGUCUCUGGCUGUAGGUGAGCAGAAUGGUGGAAGGGGAAGUGGUUAGAAAAUAGAUAUAAUCUAUGUGACACAAAGAACCUUCUCUAACUCCAUGUUAAUCAUAUGGCCUAUGGGUUAGUGGCAGGCAGACAGUGAUGUGAUGGGUAAAACUAGGCGUUGAGACAUGUGGAGAAUCCCCUCCUGCAUUGUCUGUGGCAUGGUGAUUUGGAAGGAGUCAGGCGCAGGAGGGUAAAUCACAGAAUUAAAGGGUUUAUUCCGAAGGCACAGCGGUACGCAACAAUGCGUCAAAUACUCCAGUGCGUAAUCAGGCGCACUGGUAAACAACAAGGCAAACGGGUGAAAUAUCCCGGCGAAACAAAAUACAUGGAGCUCCACCGAGCUAAACUAACCUCCACAAUAAACAAUCACACACAAAGACAAGGGGGCAGAGGGAACACUUAUACAGGUGUGUGUAAUAAACAAGACAAAACAAAUGGAAUGAUGAGAUGAGGAGCGGCAGAGGCUAGAAGGCCGGUGAUGACGAACGCUGAAGCCUGCCCGAACAAGGAGAGGAGGCAGCUUCAGAGGAAUUCAUGACACUGUCUCAACCUGUUGAAGAGACAAUAGACACACAGCUGGGAUAGUUCAUUUUUAUUGGUUAGAGUACAUUUUUCAUUGGUUAGCAAUUGAUCAUGUUUGCAACGAAUCAAAAGAAUAGUACCAGUAGCACACAUUAUUUUACCAUUGGUUUUAGAUCACCUCUCCCUGUACUGUGUUCCUGUAUUUGCUGUGUCCAACAGGGUGUUGAAAUAUAUCCUGAAUUAUUGAUUUGACCUGAAACAACCCAUCCCUUCUCUGUCUCUGCAGAUGGACAGCAGAUUUGGGAGAUAGAGACAACAGUAGACAAAGAUAAAUGUCAGCCUGUGAGUACCAGUCCUUUCAUAGAUGGCCCACUUCUCCAUGUCUGAAACAGUGGUCAAACCAGUCACUGAUUAUACUGUGUGGAUUGUUUGUCUUAGUUUUUUUUCUCAUUUGUUUUAAAAUAAUAAUGUCCUACUUUAUCAACUCCAAUUAUAAUCUUAAAUAAUAAUGUGACAGAUUAAUAUGAACUGAAAACAAUGUCAUUUUGUAGAGUCUGCUGUUCGUUGAAAUCCCCUCCUAUCGUGACCCGUCUAUCUGCCAUCCUGCCAAAGUGAACUUCUAUGUCAUCAACGGGAAGAGGAAGCGCAGCCAGCCACAGCACUUCACAUUCACCCCACUGGCAGGUAGGUACCAUAAGCAUCAGCAAUAAGGAGGCAAUACCCAUCACGAGAGUAAUGUGUGCCACUUUAGGUGCUCUGAAAGAACAAUACAAUGAUGUAGGAAUGAUAUCAAGUAAUAUGUUAUUCCAUGUCAUUAGUAUGUCACUUGGAUAUGCUUGGUGUAGUAGACUAUAGUUACUUUAAGCAAUAUGACUUAACCCCCACUCAUAUCUCUGUUGUCUUCUGUCUCCCCAACAGUUCCCUCCAUUAAAACAGAGCCUGUGGAUGACUAUCCUUUCGCAAUGCCCCAGAUCCUAGGUGUUUCCCCGCAGUCCUACUACCACCACAGUCCUGUGGGGAUCAUUCACCCAGACAACGGCCUGGUCUCCAGCAUGGCCUCAUGCCAGCAGGUCAGAUCCGGCCUCCCCACCCCCGGCCCAGACACCCGCUUCCAGCAACAGAGCCCAGCCAUUGUGUACUCCCGCGGGGGCAAGAGUCUGAAUGGCAGCCCCGGAGGGCUCUACCAGCAGACUGGAGGGAUGGGGAUGAUGCCCGACCCACACCGCUCUGUCCUGGUCCACACGGGCUCCCCAGCCCAGCAGCAACACGGAGGGGGCCAGGGCCAACACCCCUCCAUCAUCCAGUUCUCUCCCACCAACCAACACCUGCUCAGGGGAGGCGACCCUCCACCUCUCCAGCCUGACAACCAGCAGCACAUCAUCUACUGUGAUGGCUACCCUCAGCAGGCUGGAGCCCAAGCUCACUCCCCCGUCGCGGCCCACUCCCCCCAGCAUUACCCCACCACGGUGAUCCAGCAGCAGCCCUACGUGCCCAAGGUGGUGCCCAAGGGCAGGUCUUCCCCUGGGGGGAUGGAGGCCCAGAGAUGCCCCCCUGGAGAGGAGCAGAGAGCCAGCCUCCCUGGAGGACAUGUCACGGUCAAGGAGGAGAACCUGGAUCAGAUGUACCUUGAUGACGGUGAGUGUAAGUUAGUGCCAGGCUUUUAUACAUCAAUAGAAUUAAUGCUCUUGAAUGAUGCAUGGUGGUGUAACAUCCAUGUUUUUUUAUUUAUUAUCUGAAUCACAGCAGCAUGAGUUGUAGCCAGUGAAUAUGUCUCCCAUAAGCGGCGGGUGAGUUUCAAGUUUGGGGAAGUAAAUGUUCACCAUAAAAAUGUACCUUUAUAAUAAAGCAUUCGACGCAUCUAUCAUCGCAUUUGCAGACUUACAGUAUGUAAGAUAGCGUACUACGCCUAAGGUGAUGAGUAGAUUGGAUAGUCAUAAUUUAGACUAAUAAUAAUCACUGUUCUCAAAAAAGACUGCAGUGUUCAAUGCAUGGCUGAGUGUGUAGUGGCAUAGAGUAGGGCUAUGUCAGAUACGUAUCUUCUCCUUUCUUUUUGUGUUUAUAAACACAUUUCAUACAAUUCUACUACACCUUAUGUCUGGAGACAUUAGCAGAAUCUUUUUUAAUACAACAAAAAUGACAUGGCAAUGUAGGCCUAUAGGCUACUGCUGACUCUGACAAAUUGUACAAUAUGAAGUUCAUCUAACCUGGAGGAGGAAAUUAUCAUCCAAAACAAAGUUUCAAGUGGCACUGACCCAAUUAUAGAACGUUAAUAUGUGCAUAGCGCACUCACAGGGGAUAUGGCCGAUGUUCUCCGCUGGUGCCAAUAAGAUCACUCAAGUUGCGAAUGUUUAUAACUACUGUAAAAGACAGAUUAGAGUAUUUUUAUUGUCUUCUCUUUACAGCAAUAGCAAUUUGCUUUCCAAACAAUGUUUUACUGUGAUUAAAUUGGGGGUAGAGGAGAGAAAAAACACGGGAUAUUAAAAUAUAUAUGACCAAGAGUAUUUUGUCUUUGUUAACACAUCUAAACUUUGGGAAUAAUCUCUCUCUCUCUCUCUCUCUCUCUCUCUCUCUCUCUCUCGUUGUAAAUUAUGCAGUAGCCUACAAAGAAAUGUGUGUGCUGUUCACAACAUGCUUUUUUGCAAACAGCCAUUAGUUAAAUGAACUUAGGCUGCAGUGAUGCUGUUACCAAAUAUUGUCCUAUGCUUAGGCUAGUCAUCACAUUAGGAAUUUGAUUUUGUUAGUCUGCAUAGAUGCAUGCAUUGCUUUAUUAUAAAGGUGAUCGGUCAGCACCCCCUACUCAAAACAAAUUCCCGCAGCUAAACUACCGGUCAAAAGUUUUACAAAACCUACUCAUUCAAGGGUUUUUCUUUAUUUUUACUAUUUUCUACAUUGUAGAAUAAUAGUGAAGACAUCAAAACUAUGAAAUAACACAUAUGGAAUCAUGUAUUAACCAAAAAAGUGUAAACAAAUCAAAAUAUAUUUUAUAUUUGAGAUUCUUCAAAUAGCCACCCUUUGCCUUGAUGACAGCUUUGUACACUCUUGGCAUUCUCUCAACCAACUUCACCUGGAAUGCUUUUCCAACAGUAUUGAAGGAGUUCCCACAUAUGCUGAGCACUUGUUGGCUGCUUUUCCUUCACUCCGUGGUCCGACUCAUCCCAAACCAUCUCAAUUUGGUUGAGGUCAGGGGAUUGUGGAGGCCAGGUCAUCUGAUGCAGCACUCCAUCACUCUCCUUCUUGGUAAAAUAGCCCUUACACAGCCUGGAGGUGUGUUGUGUCAUUGUCCUGUUGAAAAACAAAUGAUAGUCCCACUAAGCCCAAACCAGAUGGGAUGGGGUAUCGCUGCAGAAUGCUGUGGUAGCCAUGCUGGUUAAGUGUGCCUUGAAUUCUAAAUAAAUCACAGACAGUGUCACCAGCAAAGCACCCCCACACCAUAACACCUCCUCCUCCAUGCUUUACGGUGGGAAAUACACAUGGAGAUCAUCCGUUCACCAACACCACGUCUCACAAAGACAUGGCGGUUGGAACCAAAAAUCUCCAAUUUGGACUCCAGACCAAAGGACAAAUUUCCACCAGUCUAAUGUCCAUUGCUCGUGUUUCUUGGCCCAAGCAAGUAUCUUCUUCUUAUUGGUGUCCUUUAGUAGUGGUUUCUUUGCAGCAAUUCGACCAUGAAGGCCUGAUUCACACAGUCUCCUCUUAACAGUUGAUGUUGAUAUUUGUCUAUUACUUGAACUCUGUGAAGCAUUUAUUUGUGCUGCAAUUUCUGAGGCUGGUAACUCUAAUGAACUUAUCCUCUGCAGCAGAGGUAACUCUGGGUCUUCCAUUCCUCUGGCAGUCCUCAUGAGAGCCAGUUUCAUCAUAGCGCUUGAUGGUUUUUGCGACUGCACUUAAAUAAACUUUCAAAGUUCUUGAAAUGUUAUGAAUUGACUGACUUUCAUGUCUUAAAGUGAUGAUGGACUGUCGUUUCUGUUUGCUUAUUUGAGCUGUUCUUGCCAUAACAUAUUCUGUAUACCCCCCUACCUUAUCACAACACAACUGAUUGGCUCAAACGCAUUAAGAAGUAAAUAAAUUCCUGUUAAUUAAAAUGCAUUCCAGGUGACUACCUCAUGAAGCUGGUUGAGAGAAUGCCAAGAGUGUGCAAAGCUGUCAUCAAAGGAAAGCGUGGCUAUUUGAAGAAUCUCAAGUAUAAAAUAUAUUUUGAUUUGUUUACACUUUUUUGGUUAAUACAUGAUUCCAUAUGUGUUAUUUCAUAGUUUUGAUGUCUUCACUAUUAUUCUACAAUGUAGAAAAUAGUAAAAAUAAAGAAAAACCCUUGAAUGAGUAGGUGUUCUAAAACUUUUGACCGGUAGUGUAUGUCUUGUAUGCAACCAUCUAAUCUAGCCCUACGAAAAGGGGAGACACUAAUUGUACAAUAUGACGUCUAUCUAACCUGGAGGAGGAAAUUAUUGUCCAAAGACAAAGUUUCAAAUGGCACUCACUGACCCAAUGAUAAAGAGUGAAUAUGCACACUCACUGGGGAUAAGGAUGAUGCUCUCCACUGGUGCCAAUAUGAUGCAAUUUGUAAGUCGCUCUGGAUAAGAGCGUCUGCUAAAUGAUGUAAAUGUAAAUGUAAAUGCAACUAUUCGCUCAAAUUGAGAAUUUUGAUAACUAAAAGACAGAUUAGUAUUGCUUUCCAAACUAUGUUUUCCCGCAAUUGUAUUUUGAAAUAUUGCGAUAUACCUGGGCCUAUUUUAGCUGCUAUUCACUGAUAAUCGCAACUCAACAAUCAUUUAUUUGGUAUUUGCCGCCAGCGCUGCCCAAAUUGUGGGCCUUCCAACUGUAGGCUAUGCGCUUGUGAUUGAAAACAUUUUUUUUUUUUUUAAAGAAGCGAAUGAUCAUCUGCCGCCAAAUCAUGCUUGCUGGUGUACUAGCCUAUUUUGAAUGAUUGUAUAGACAGGAGUAAUUAUAUAAUUUAGGUAAUUUAAUUCAAUUAACUUUUUUACUAUUGGACACGCCACCCUGCCCCUCUUCUCUCUCUUCUCUCUCUCAAUUAAAUGUGAGGGUUUUAUUGGCAUGGCGGAGACACUUGAAACCCCACCUCUUUAAGGAAUACCUGGGAUAGGAUAAAGUAAUCCUUUCCUACCCCCUCUUCCCCCCAAAAAAAAUAACAUAUUGUAAAGUGGUUAUCCCACUGGCUAUAAGGUGAAUGCACCAAUUUGUAAGUCGCUCUGGAUAAGAGUGUCUGCUAAAUGACGUAAAUGUAAAAAUGUAAUGGCGAACAUAUCUUUACAUUGCCAAAGCAAGUGAAAUAGAUAAUAAACAAAAGUGAAAUAAACAAUCAAAAAUGAACAGUAAACAUUACACUCACAAAAGUUCCAAAGGAAUAGAGACAUUUCAAAUGUCAUAUUAUUGCUAUGUAGAGUGUUAUAACGAUGUGCAAAUAAAUAAACAUAAAUAUGGCUUGUAUUUACAAUGGUGUUUGUUCUUCACUGGUUGCCCUUUUCUUGUGGCAACAGGUCACAAAUCUUGCUGCUGUGAUGGCACACUGUGGUAUUUCACCCAAUAGAUAUGGGAGUUGUUUUCAAAUUCUUUGUGGGUCUGUGUAAUCUGAGGGAAAUAUGUGUCUCUAAUAUGGUCAUACAUUUGGCAGGAGGUUAGGAAGUGCAGCUCAGUUUCCACCUCAUUUUGUGGGCAGUGUGCACAUAGCCUGUCUUCUCUUGAGAGCCAGGUCUGCCUACGGCGGCCUCUCUCAAUAGCAUGGCUAUGCUCACUGAGUGUACAUAGUUAAAGCUUUCGUUAAUUUUGUGUCAGUCAAAGUGGUCAGGUAUUCUGCCACUGUCUACUUAGGGCCAAAUAUAAUUCCAGUUUGCUCAGUUUUUUGGUAAAUUCUUUCCAAUGUGUCAAGUAAUUAUCUUUUUGUUUUUUCAUGUUUUUGUUGGGUCUAAUUGUGUUGCUGUUGCUGUCCUGGUGCUCUGUGGGGUCUGUUUGUGUUUGUGAACAGAGCCCCAGGACCAGCCUGCUUAGGGGACUCUUCUCUAGCUUAAUCUCUCUGUAGGUGAUGGUUUUGUUAUUGAAGGUUUGGGAAUCGCUUCCUUUUAGGUGAUUGUAGAAUUUAACGGCUUCUUGGUUGGUGAGUAAACCCCAGACCAUAAAGGGCAAUGGGUUCUAUAACUGAUUCAACUAACUGAUCCUAAUAUGGAUGUCAAAUGUUAUGUUCCUUUUGAUGGCGUAGAAGGCCCUUCUUGCCUUGUCUCUCAGAUCGUUCACAACUUUGUUGAAGUUACCUGUGGUGCUGAUGUUUAGGCCGAGGUAGGUAUCGUUUUUUGUGCGCAACGGUGUCUAGAUGGAAUUUGUAUUUGCGGUCCUGGCAACUGGACCUUUUUUGGAACACCAUUAUUUUUGUCUUACUGAGAUUUACUGUCAGGGCCCAGGUCUGACAGAAUCUAUGCAGAAGAUAUAGGUGCUGCUGUAGGCCCUCCUUGUUUGGGGACAGAAGUACCAGAUCAUCAGCAAACAGUAGACAUGGGUGAGGCCUGGUGCUGCAGGCUGUUCUAGUGCCCUCACCAAUUCGUUCAUAUAUAUGUUGUAGAGGGUGGGGCUCAAGCUGCAUCCCUGUCUCACCCCACGGCCCUGUGGUAAUAAAUGGGUGUGUUUUUUGCCAAUUCUAACCGCACACUUGUUGGAUUUUAUAAUGUUUUAUUCCCCCAACGCCGCUUUCCAUCAAUUUGUAUAGCAGACCCUCAUGCCAAAUUGAGUCAAAAGCUUUUUUGAAAUCAACAAAGCAUGAGAAGACUUUGCUUUUGUUUUGGUUUGUUUGUUUGCCAAUUAGGGUGUGCAGGGUGAAUACGUGGUCUGUCGUAUGGUCAUUUGGUAAAAAGCCAAUUUGACAUUUGCUCAGUUGUUCAUUGUUUUCGAUGAGGAAAUGUGCGAGUCUGCUGUCAAUGAUAAUGCAAAGGAUUUUACCAAGGUUGCUGUUGACGCAUAUCCCACGGUAGUUAUUGGGGUCAAAUUGUGAUCAGUCUUUGGUUCCAAAUAUUGGGGAAGAUGCCAGAGCUUUUUGGAUUGGAGGGUUUGUAUUUUGUCCUGUAGUUCAUUCAAUGUAAUUGGAAAAUCCAUUGUGUUCUAGUAGUCUUUGAUAGCUGAUUCUAAGACUUAUAAUUGAUCAUUUCUAUGUUUUUGCUGUUUGUUCUUUGUUAUAGAGCCAAAAAGAAUGGAGAGGCGGUUUAUCCAUACAUCUCCAUUUGGAUAGAUAACUCUUCAUGUUGUUGUUUGUUUAGUGUGUUCCAAUUUUCCCAGAAGUGGUAAGAUUCUAUAGAUUAUUAAAUUACAUUGAGCUGAUUUCUUUUUCCGUAGUGUAUUUCUGUAUUGUUUUAGUGAAUCACCAUAGUGAAGAAGUAGACUUCUGGGUCUCUAUGUUUUUUGGUUGGGUAGGUUUCUCAAUUUCUUUCUUAAGUUUUUGAAUUCUUCAUCAAACCAUUUGCCAUUGUUUUUAAUUUUCUUAGGUUGUCUGCUUGAAAUUGUUUGAUUUGAUAGGCAAGCUGAAAGGUUAAAUAUACUGUUUAGGCUUUCUACUGCCAAGUUUACACCUUCAAUAUUACAGUGAAAUGUUUUGUCCAGGAAGUUGUCUAAAAGGGAUUGAAUUUGUUGCCUAAUUGUUUUUUGGUAGGUUUCUACACUACUUUCCUUCCAUCUCUAGCAUUUCUUAAUAUUGUGUAGUUCCUUUGGCUUUGAUGCCUCAUGAUUGAGUAUUGCUCUGUUCAAGUAGACUCUGAUUUUGCUGUGAUCUGAUAGGGGUGUCAGUGGGCUGACUGUGAAUGCUCUGAGAGACUCUGGGUUGAGGUCAGUGAUAAAGUAAUCUACAGUACUACUGCCAUGGGAUGAGCUGUAGGUGUAUGUACCUACCAUAGCAGUCUCCUCAAAGCCUACCAUGGACUAUGUACAGACCCAGCAUGCGACUGAGCUUCAGGAGUUGUGACCCGUUUUUGUUGGUUGUUUUGUCAUAGUUGUGUCUAGGGGGGCAUAUUUGGGAGGGAAUACUGUCACCUCCAGGUAGGUGUUUGUCCCCCUGUGUGCUGAGAGUGUUAGGUUCUUGUCCAGUUCUGGCAUUUAGGUCGCCACAGACUAGUACAUGUCCCUGGGCCUGGAAAUGGUUGAUCUCCCCUUCUAGGAUGGAGAAGCUGUCAUCGUUAAAGUAUGGGGAUUCUAUUGGGGGGAUAUAUCAAAUCACAUUUUAUUUGCCACAUGCGCCGAAUACAACAGGUGUAGACAUUACCGUGAAAUGCUUACUUACAGCCCUUAACCAACAAUGCAUUUAUUUUUAAAUAAAAAAGUAAAAUAAAACAACAACAACAAAAAAGUGUUGAGAAAAAAGAGCAGAAGUAAAAUAAAAUAACAGUAGGGAGGCUAUAUACAGGGGGGAAACACACAUGAGGACAUUUUUCUCUGUUGAGAUAAUGUCCUUAUUAAUUUCUAGCCAGAUGUAAUAUGUUCCUGUUUUGACUAAUGUGGUGAAUAUCAAGUGAUCUGGAGCAGUGCUCGCAAAUAGUCUUCCACUUCUAUUUUCUAUUAGUUUACAAUUCUAAAGUUGGCGAGAAGGGAAUGAAAACAAUAUUAAAUAAGGAACAUGGCAUUCUCUCGCCCUCGACUCGCAGGCCUGCUCCUGCCCAUGUCAAACAUGUAUGCGUACUAGCCCACUAUCUAGCAAGCAACACAGUAUUGGGUGCGGCCCAGCGAGUGGCGGCUGCGUGAUUGAGCGCUUUUCUCUACAAUGGAUCGCAUAGCUGUCCAUUUGUGCUCAGUUUUAAUAGCCACAAUCUUGUGUUUACUAAUUGAAUUACAACACCCCUCUCGUCUUCUCUCUGUCUCACACACCCGUUGUCAUGCAGUAGCCUACAAAGUAAUGUGCGCUCUGUUCACAAUGGUCUAUUUUGUUUUGCAAACAGGCAUGAGUUAAAUGAACUUAGGCUGCAGUGACUACCGUUUCCGAAUCUUGUCUACCCCCCCCAAUAGGAAAUGGCCAGGAAAUGUAGUUACGUAUGUUCCUCUUAAGUUUUCCACUCAAGGUGGAAAUAACAUGGAUUAUGAGUCAUAUAUUUAUACUGAACCCGUGUCAGCCUCAUUAUUAAUAUUAUUACCCAGUGAGAUCAGAAAAACAGACCACAUCCAGAAGUCAUGGUCUUACACCCCUUCAUUAUGUUGAUCCUCUUCCAAUCCAAACGACAUGUUGUUGCAGUGUGAUCGCCAGACCUGAUGAUGAUGGUGUCCUUUUAAACCUCUGGUUGGGAUGGAGAAGUAGGUAGCUAGUCCUCUCUGUAUUGGGAUGGAGAGGUAGCUAGUCCUCUCUGUAUUGGGAUGGAGAGGUAGCUAGUCCUCGUCAGUGUCAGGGCAAGUCCCAGACCAUGUUGAACGGUUGUAACCCUGGUGAUCUGUGGUCUGAAGGACAACCCAGUCAGAGAGAGAGAUUGGUUUCCCUGGCAUCGCCACACACCAUGAAAUUAGACUUUUUUCUGUUUCAUCCUCUGAAAUAAAAAGAGAGAAAAAGGAAGCCGCCAGCUCUCCUGACCAAUCGCCUGGAUAUGUUGACACUGUUAUGAUCUGAAAAACAAGUUCCAUGGCAACCAUUGUCAAACAGUGGAACGGGCUGCCUCGGAGAGCCGGGGAAAGCCUCUUUGUUUGUUGUACUUGGCCAGGGUUUCUCUUUGGCCCCACACCCCUCAAUUCUGUGGGGGAACCCACUGGAGGAUUUGCUUUUUUCCAUCUCCUGCCCAGGAUUCUGCCAAUCUGGCACAAGAAAUUCCUAUUUGCAGCUGCUCUCUUCCAGAAAAUCCAGCCUGAUCUCCGUAAGAUAGCUCUAAGUGUGGGAGUCGGGAGAAAGGCAGCAGCAGGAAGAGGGAAGCGGCCGAGUUCGGAUGGAAAAAAUGAAACUGAGAAAAAGGGGCCAGGAGUGAACGAGUGGAAUUUAGUUUUGGAUGGCCUAAUAGGGUUUCCCUCAGUAAACAGCAACAGCGUUUACUGUUUCUGAAUUAACACAGACUAACUGGGAGAGUCAUACUGGAUGGACUGUGUUUGAUCCUCCUCCCUAACAUUGUGUUGAUCUCAGAGCUCCCUACCAAGAUCCUUCCAUGUAAUGCCUUCCCUCUAUUCUGGUAGCUACUAGAACAAUUCACCAUCUCCCUGGAAAUCUCAUAAAACAUAUUAAUUGGGGAAUUCACAAGUACUGAAUUUAAGUGCCCUCUUUAAUCCCAAAGCAUUGUAAAUUAUAAAUUCAGAACACAUUAUGUAAAGCUUAUAAAACAAUAAAGACAACAUAAUCAUUGAUAUAAUAUUGAGAAUAUUGAGAAUCAAAACGCAUCUUUUGACCAAUGGGUAAAACAAAGUUAAUUGUUUAGAUAGUCCUCUGAGAAAACCAAUGGUCCAAACCUCAUGUCUGGAUCAUAAUCGGUUCAAACGUUAUUGGAGUGUUUACCCUUGUAGGAUGGCCAGAAUUAGGGUGACUAAAUCAAUGGAGGCCAGAGAAAAAGAGGGGUCAAAAAUAAGGAAAAUUGCAUUGGGUCAGUUAGGCUGGAUUCUGUGCUAGAAAUAAGGCUACUGGCUACCUGACAGGAUCACUUUCCCAUUGACCUCGUCCUCUUUCUUCUCAAAUCCACAGGACAUAAAACAAUAUAAAGUUAAGUUGGAUAUUGAUUUUGAGACAUGACAUGUAGUAUUUUCAUAUUUUAGUAUACGCUUUUUAUAUUAAUUUGAAAUUAGGUCUGCAGCUUGCUGAGCUGCCAAUGGUUUCUCACAAAAACAAGCGUAUCUCUGUGAAAUGUCAAUGGAGCACAGGGAAUACCAAGCUUUUUUUUCUCCAAAACCUUUUACAUUUAAUUCAGCUCGUGUCAUGCUAAUUUAGCUUUUUGCGACCCGCUGAAACAACUUUGAAGACGACAACCACAAAAUGUUAAAUCCUCAAAAGUUGUUAUAAGAAACCUGCACCGCGAUGUCAACAGAGCUCGUGCUUAUUAUCGUAUGUAUUAUCGAUUGCGUAACGCAAUCAAACUUUUUGGAUAUAAUGUUAAUGAUACAGUGGCUUGUGAAAGUAUUCACCCCCCUUGGCAUUUUUCCUAUUUUGUUGCCUUACAACCUGGAAUUAAAAUUGAUUUUUGGGGGGGUUGUAUCAUUUGAUUUACACAACAUGCCUACCACUUUGAAGAUGCAAAAUAUUUUUUUUGUGAAACAAACAAGAAAUAAGACAAAAAAACAGAAAACUUGAGUGUGCAUAACUAUUCACCCCCCCCCCCCCCAAAGUCAAUACUUUGUAGAGCCACCUUUUGCAGCAAUUACAGCUGCAAGUCUCUUGGGGUUUGUCUCAAUAAGCUUGGCUAGCCACUGGGAAUUUUGCCCAUUCUUUAAGGCAAAACUGCUCCAGCUCCUUCAAGUUGGAUGGGUUCCGCUGGUGUACAGCAAUCUUUAAGUCAUACCACAGAUUCUCAAUUGGAUUGAGGUCUGGGCUUUGACUAGGCCAUUCCAAUGCAUUUAAAUGUUUCCCUUAAACCACUCAAGUGUUGCUUUAGCAGUAUGCUUAGGGUCAUUGUCCUGCUGGAAGGUUAACCUCCGUCCCAGUCUCAAAUCUCUGGAAGUCUGAAGCAGGUUCCUCAAGAAUUUCCCUGUAUUUAGCGCCAUCCAUCAUUCCUUCAAUUCUGAACAGUUUCCCAGUCCCUGCCGAUAAAAAACAUCCCACAGCAUGAUGUUGCCACCACCAUGCUUCACUGUGGGGAUGGUGUUCUCCGGGUGAUGAGAGGUGUUGGGUUUGUGCUAGACAUAGUGUUUUCCUUGAUGGCCAAAAAGCUCAAUUUUAGUCUCAUCUGACCAGAGUACCUUCUUCCAUAUGUUUGGGGAGUCUCCCACAUGCCUUUUGGCGAACACCAAACGUGUUUGCCUAUUUCUUUCUUUAAGCAAUAUCUUUUUUCUGGCCACUCUUCCAUAAAGCCCAGCUCUGUGGAGUGUACGGCUUAAAGUGGUCCUAUGGACAGAUACUCCAAUCUCCGCUGUGGAGCUUUGCAGCUCCUUCAGGGUUAUCUUUGGUCUCUUUGUUGCCUCUCUGAUUAAUGACUUGCUUGCCUGGUCCGUGAGUUUUGGUGGGCGGCCCUCUCUUGGCAGGUUUGUUGUGGUGCCAUAUUCUUUCAAAUUUUUUAUAAUGGAUUUAAAUGGUGCAGACUCUGGGGCCUUUCAGAACAGGUUUAUAUAUACUGAGAUAAUGUGACUGAUCAUGUGACACUUAGAUUGCACACAGGUGGACUUUAUUUACCUAAUUAUGUGACUUCUGAAGGUAAUUGGUUGCACCAGAUCUUAUUUAGCGGCUUCAUAGCAAAGUGGGUGAAUACAUACGCACGCACCACUUUUCCGUUAUUUUAUUUUUUCAUUUCACUUCUCCAAUUUGUACUAUUUUGUGUAUGUCCAUUACAUGAAAUAAAAAUAAAAAUCCAUUUAAAUUACAGGUUGUAAUGCAACAAAAUAGGAAAAACGCCAAGGGGGAUGAAUACUUUUGUUAGAGAAAUACAUGAAUAAUCAUAUUUGCCUUGGUAAAAUGUAUUUUAUAACAUAAGGAAGUGAGAUUUCAUCACCCUAGCACAUUUUCAGCCACUCUAGGCAGAGUGGGAGGACACCCUAUAUCAUAUUUCAAAAAGGUACAGCUAUAGGUGCACUUUGAGACAGAGCAUCAGAAUAAUCUUUUUACUCAGAAACAUUUGUCAGUUAUGUUGUAUAGGGUGUGAAUCCACCCACCCAAUACAAGUGGUAGUUAUGUACUGUCGCUGUAGAAGUGGGAUAGGACAUGCCUCCUCACCUCACCUUCAAACCUUCUCUUCAAAGUUCAAACACAGCACAGGAAGACAGAGCAAUGCAGAAAGCCCCAUUGGUCUUUCUCUACUAAGAUGUCAAGUUGUGUUUUAUGCCCAAAACAUUCAUUUAUUUCAACAUCAGAACUAUCUUUUCCGAGAAAUACAAUUAUCAAAUGAGUCACUCUUGAGUACCUUUCACACUUUGCUCAUUUUGAAAAGUGUCAUCGGGGUAGCGCUGCUCUCUGUGGCAUCACCGAGGUAAAGGACAACAGAAGAAAGUAAUGUAUUUCACUAUGAGUAAAACCAAAACAUGGAAUGGGCUUCACAGUUCAUACUGUACUCAAAAGGCCUUUAUCAGAAGCUAGGGUCUUUGUGUGUAUAUAGGCCUACAACGUUCUUAUACUGUAAGGGUGCUGUCUACAACCUAGAAAGUGAUUUCCUUGUGAAGGAUGGGAGUCGGGACACACUCUAUUACCUGCAGCUUUCCAUGUUGUAGCUGUAGUGAAACUGACUGGAAUUAACCCCAGAGGCAGUGGAGCAGGUGAAGGCAGUAGAGCAGGUGAAAUUAUUCCAGCGGGCAGAAGGAGAGAGAGAGAGCUCCCGUUCAGAGAUAAAGCACACAGGAAAACAGCUUGUUGAACACACAUUAGUUUCAGGUCACUGAUGUCCCACUUACCAGCGAGCAGAGGAAAGGCAACUAUAGCAACACUUUUGAAUGGCUAUGAUUGAUACUCAAGUGUAAUGGAAACUUGUAUAACAUCAUAUACUUUAUUUGCUCUCUGGCAGUUGAAGGUAGAAGAUCUAGUGGUCAGGUCUAGUGGUCAGGUCUGGUGGUCAGGUCUGGUGUCUGUCUGUCUGUCUGUCUGUCUGUCUACCCAUGCCACUUGCUCUGUGGGUUGAUUCUUGUCAUGUUGCCAACAGAGUCCCCCAGGCAACACCUCUCAGACACACACACACAUUACUCCACCACCUCACAGUAGGCAAUGUGAAGUGACUGAAUCAGCUACAGUACUGUACUGUGUGUGUAUGAGUGUGUGUCUCUCUCUCUCCCACCGCUGGUUGGUAAACAAACACGUUCAUUGGUGCAGGACGCUAAAGGCAGACACUCACCUAUUGUAUGGUCAAGUCUGAGUGUUCCCUGGGCCAGCCGCAAAUGGCCAUGCCAACCCUUCAUGAGGCUCCGUUAAAGCUCUCUACUGUAUAACUGCUCUGGAGCACCACUCGCCUCUCUAAACCCCUUUUUUAUACUCAGGAAAAUCCUGUGGCACCAUUGGGGAGAUGAACGUUUAUUUAAGGCAUUAGGUGUCAAAGGGAAUUCCACUAGAGACUAAAAUAAAUAUGGACGUUUAGAUUGUGGUUUUGACGACAGCAGAGAGAGCUGGAGCACCCGGACCUGUUUGGCCACUAGUUGGUUUGCCUCCCUCCCUGUUUCAGAUGCAGCUCUGCUCUGCUCUGCUCUAUAGAGUGUGCUUGGUUUUGAGCUGUUAUAAAAGGCCAAGGUUUAUUUCUCUUUCACAUCUGCAGAUGAUCAGAGACAGAGGGAGUCAAAAGGAGGAGGAGGAUAGACUUGCUGCUACUCUUAAUGAUAGAAAAAGGUCUGCAGCUUGCUGAGCUGCCAAUGGUUUAGCUCAGUUUAUGGGUUGUUUAUCAGGCAAAAUACUUUCUAACUCCCACAUCUGAUAAAUAACUCAGUGACUUGCAAUAACUUAGAAUGUUUUAUCUCAUUCCAACUGUACCUAAAAAACAGGGUGCCAGUAUUAGUGGAUAGCAGUUUCACUGAGUAUCCCUCUGCAUCUUUGUAUCUGUUGAACUGGAGAUGUUUGGGGUGAGGGCUGUUAUGUCCAUCUCUGAGGGGGUUACUUUGGUACACACAUAAAUAGUAUAUAUAAUGCUCAGCCAUGGAUCAGUGUGUCUGUUCGCUUAACUUGCUGUUUAAAGGUGACACCAUUUCCCUUGUCCCACAAUAUAGAUCCUUAAAUGAGUUAAUAGACCAUUAAGAAAGAGAGUUCCAAACCUCUCUGCCAAUAAUAGCAAGUUUUCAGUUUUGCCCUCCCAAGUCACACCACUCCCAUACUGUCCUAGCAAAAUUCUUGCUUGAGAAAUUCCUCUUUGCUAAGAAGCUAUUUUUGUUUCUUUUUGACCAUUUUAAUUUAAAAUAAUUACAGUAAGGUACGUAAUUGUUACCUGGAAAUUAUUUGAUAUUGAGAUAAAAACAGCUGCAUUGGACCUUUAAAUAGGCCUCCUAAAAGCCUGUUGGAUAUUGAGUUCCCCUAAACCAGACUCUAAAACAACACACAAUACAUACCAUGGUGCUGCUUACUAUCUCACUCAUUCUAUCUUAACUCAUUCAUCCCUUUGAAGUGAAAAGAUUGAUCAUAUUUUAAUAUAUUUUAGGAUGCUUCAUAUCAGCAGAGUUUGCUCUGUGAAACUACUGUAUUAAGUGAGACACAACCUCCCUGUGAAUGUUUAAAACAUGCUGCUAUAGUAUGCAGCACGUAAACAUGAAUAUGGUUAGCUUUUAUAUACUACAUCAAUGAAUAAAAGGCAUUUUGACUCAAUUGAUGUCAUUGUCAUUCUCACACUUUUUUUCACAUUCCCUCCAUUUUGGGCAUGUCUUAAAAUGUAUGUGUUCCCUAAAAGUCACAACAAGAAACCAUAGGCUCUUAUGUCAUAGUGCCAGUAUACACAGUGUGCUUCCAGGCCUGUUGGAGCUGUUAGUUACUGAUAAAGACAGACCGUCUGCAGUACGGAUGAUGUGGACAGACUACAGUGCAGUACAUGUUCAACAUACUGGACAUUCCUUUAAGCUUACUGCAGGUUUCCCCCAUCGUCUGUUGCAGUGUAAGUUAUGGCUACAGUAGCACUCUCAUUGCUUUUGUGAGGUCAUAUAAUCACUGUUAAUUUUCAUGUAAACAUCUGGCUCUAGUAAUGAAUGAGAGACAUUAUUCCGUUUGACACCUUGCCAGUAUAGGCAUCAUUUUUUAUCAUUCACAAUAGGCCUAUACAUAUGUUGUUAUAGUCCCCAUACAUUAAAACACGGAUCAUGGAAAGCUAAACAGGAAACCCUACAUUCAAUGUAUGUAGACUUUUCAAAUAGUAAUAUAUCUGAAUUACUUCAUGAUGGUAAUUUGAAUUUAAUUUAAUACAGUCUAUAUUUAGCCUUAUCACAGAGGUCCCAGACAAGAACUCCUUGACAUUUUAACUUUGGACAGGUUUAAUCUCAUCACAAUGUGUCUAAAACGUGUUUCCCCCACCUUAUACAUGACGUGGUGUGUGCACUGUGUAAGCACUCCACACACCUUGACUGAGUCUAUUUUUAGAACGCUGAAGCUGUAAAAGUUUCCAUUUAUACCCGCUGUGCUGUGUCACCUGGCUGUCAGAAGAACAACAGGAAGUGAUGGGGAUAUAAAAAGAGCUGUAGAAAUGGAACACUAAGGUCCACCUAGUGGACACUCUGUGCCAAUGCAGCUCACUGUAGUGACAUCUUCUGGUAUCGCUACUACAGCCAACUUGCACACAGAGUAAUCAGCAGUUCUUAGUGUUAUGUUUCCCUUGGUGAUGUUUUACUGUAGGAUCAGUAUGUUUUUGUCAAGAUGUUAUGCCCUUUUCUACUGUGUAAUAUACUGUACCUUUUGUAAGUGUUUGUUGAAAGAGAAAGGAAGAUAUGAAAAGGCCAGAAGUGAAAAUUGCCCUCCCUGGAGCUGUGAAAUGCUGCCUGGGAAGAACAGACGACAGUACAGUAUUACAUCAAACACUUUUGAUGCUCUGAUUAACUAACAGCCUGUACUUGUUUCUCUUCUCCUCCCGGCAGUAAACGAGAUUAUAAGGAAGGAUCUGACCGGCGUGCAGGCCAGAGGUCAGACUUAGACGACAGGAAACAGGAAGUGGACAGCUGCAGCUCACUCUUCGUCGCCAUGAGAACCUCUUCCUCUUCCCUGUGUGCCCAUCUCCAUAGCAACCCUAUAUCAACCCCAGCCACCAGCAGUUUGGCUGCUCUGCCCGUUUCCUUCAAAUAA